AAUUAGCGUCUAAAUGCGCUGACGAUCCGGCGAUCGGAUCAGAUCGGAUCGGAUUCGAAACCGCCAACAGCGUCAUCGACUUCGAAGGCGGGCUCCAGGGCCUCUGGCGUUUGCUUACUUAUGUUAAUCAGCUGUGGCUGGGAUGCAAAUUAGUCCGUCCGACCCCCAAGCGUCCGAAUGCGCCUAACAGUGCGAGAGGCCUCCGGCUCUGUUAGUUAACAGAGCGCACAAAAGCUCGCUACGAAAAGAUAUCGCUUCAGAAACAGGCACUUGGCGGUUCAGAACGCGUUUGUGACUCGAGCGGAGCGCACGUGCCGGGGAAAAUACCAAUAGACCAAGUCCGUUGAGAACGAAAAAGGCUAAAUCACAAGCCUGGGGAAUAUUUCCCCUACUUUUCCACCAACAACAACGACAAGUAGGUUGGGCAUUUAAGGCCUAAUAAAAACCAACAACACAACAAUAACAAGAGCUGAAAAUCAAUAAACACAAAGCCAGAAAGAAAUACGUAACAAGCAACAAAGUGUGCGCGUCCAGCAACAACAAUCCAAUGUGGAAACAACAAGUGAGCAAGUUAAAGAACCUUUCUGAUUUGUAAAAGCUGCAAAAUACUCAAAAAAUCAACAAAAAAAACAUAUACAAGCUAAAGAAGAAGCUAUAUAGCUUAAAAAAUAAAUAAUAAAAAAAAAAGAGAAAUAGCAAAAAAUGUCGGAGGGCAGUGAUAACAACGGGGAUCCCCACCAGCAGGCGGGGGCAGUCGGAGACGAGGCGGUGGGCGAGAAUAAAAUGAAAUCCCGCCUCCGUAAAGGAGCCCUCAAGAAGAAGAACGUCUUUAAUGUCAAGGAUCACUGCUUCAUAGCCCGAUUCUUCAAGCAGCCCACAUUCUGCUCCCACUGCAAGGACUUUAUAUGGGGCUUCGGAAAGCAAGGAUUUCAGUGCCAAGUUUGCUCCUAUGUGGUGCACAAGCGUUGUCACGAAUAUGUCACCUUCAUCUGCCCUGGAAAGGAUAAAGGCAUCGAUUCGGCCCAUCAAAUGCCCCACAAAUGGCAGAAUGUGGCCUUCCUAUCGCCGAUGUUCUGCGAUCAUUGUGGGUCUCUGUUGCACGGCAUCACGCACAAGGGUCUCAAGUGUCGAGCAUGUGACAUGAACGUUCAUGCCCGCUGCAAGGAAAAUGUGCCCAGUCUUUGCGGAUGCGAUCACACGGAGCGGCGAGGACGCAUUAAUCUCGAGAUCAAUGUCAAGGAGAAUCUCUUAACUGUCCAGAUUAAGGAGGGUCGCAAUCUCAUACCCAUGGAUCCGAAUGGACUCAGCGAUCCGUACGUUAAGGUGAAGCUAAUUCCCGAUGACAAGGAUCAGUCCAAGAAGAAGACUCGCACUAUUAAGGCUUGCCUGAAUCCUGUUUGGAAUGAGACUAUAACAUAUGACCUAAAACCCGAGGACAAGGACCGCCGCAUCCUGAUCGAGGUCUGGGACUGGGAUCGCACCUCUCGCAAUGACUUCAUGGGUGCCCUGUCCUUCGGGAUCUCAGAGAUCAUCAAGAAUCCCACCAACGGCUGGUUCAAGCUGCUCACCCAGGAGGAGGGUGAAUACUAUAAUGUGCCCUGUGCUGAUGACCAGCAGGACUUGCUGAAGCUCAAGCAGAAGCCAUCUCAGAAGAAGCCUUUGGUGAUGCGCAGCGAUACAAACACCCACUCACAGUCCAAAAAGGACAUGAUCCGGGCCACGGAUUUCAAUUUCAUCAAAGUCCUGGGCAAGGGGUCGUUUGGAAAGGUAUUACUCGCCGAACGGAAAGGCAGCGAGGAGCUGUAUGCCAUUAAGAUACUCAAGAAGGAUGUGAUCAUUCAGGACGACGAUGUGGAAUGUACCAUGAUCGAGAAACGUGUCCUGGCCUUGGGCGAGAAGCCACCAUUUUUGGUUCAAUUGCAUUCCUGCUUUCAGACAAUGGAUCGUUUAUUCUUUGUGAUGGAAUAUGUAAACGGGGGAGAUUUGAUGUUCCAAAUUCAACAGUUUGGAAAAUUCAAGGAGCCAGUGGCUGUAUUCUAUGCCGCCGAAAUUGCAGCUGGACUUUUCUUCUUACACACCAAGGGCAUACUGUAUCGGGAUCUGAAGCUGGAUAAUGUCCUUUUGGAUGCCGAUGGCCACGUCAAGAUAGCUGACUUUGGCAUGUGCAAGGAAAAUAUUGUAGGUGACAAGACAACAAAGACCUUCUGCGGAACUCCAGAUUACAUAGCUCCUGAGAUUAUUUUAUAUCAACCUUAUGGUAAAUCGGUGGAUUGGUGGGCCUACGGCGUUUUGCUUUACGAAAUGCUAGUGGGUCAGCCUCCAUUCGAUGGCGAGGAUGAAGAGGAGCUCUUUGCAGCCAUCACCGAUCACAAUGUUUCCUAUCCGAAGAGCCUAAGCAAGGAGGCCAAAGAGGCCUGCAAGGGCUUCCUAACUAAACAGCCCAAUAAGCGUUUGGGUUGUGGAUCCUCUGGCGAAGAAGAUGUGCGCUUGCAUCCUUUCUUCAGGCGCAUAGAUUGGGAGAAAAUAGAAAAUCGCGAAGUACAGCCACCUUUUAAGCCGAAAAUCAAACACCGCAAGGAUGUGUCCAACUUUGACAAGCAGUUCACAUCAGAGAAAACAGACUUGACGCCCACAGACAAGGUGUUCAUGAUGAACCUAGAUCAGUCGGAAUUCGUUGGCUUCUCCUACAUGAAUCCGGAAUAUGUGUUUAGCCCAUAAAUCCCCUUCCUGAUUCCCAGAUCAAACCAAAUUUCCAUGCUGCGAGUUGUGUCCCUUAAGUCUCUUUUGAUAUCAAUUACUAACUACUUUGGUAAUGCAAAAAAGACAUCUUGUUGUGUAUACAAUUAAUCUUUGUUAAGUUUCUUCGUUUAAAUGUAUCUAUAUAUUUAUUGAAUUGUUAAGUUUUGAGUUAAUUGUAAGAGAUAGUUACUGUGAAACAGAGCUUUAGUUAUGAAAUAUUCGAAUACUGUUCAAGAUCAAGUCUCAUCGUAAAGCCAAACAAAAUGGAAAGCAAUAAAAAGUAUCAUUUUCAACC